ACUUCUGUUUACUUUAUCGUCGAGGCCAAUCCGUUCAUUCAAGUACAAUACAUAUACAUCACCGUACGUUUAACAAGUAUCAGUGCGACAUUUAUAGUUUACACGCGAAGUAGUUAGGGGAAAUAAGGAUUUAGGGAAAAGGACUAGCUGAAACUAACAAAUUCUGGAGUCAGUCAUUUUGAAGAUAACGAAGUUCUGCGUAUUCUGAUGAUGUCAGAUCACCAUAGCAACGAGGUAGAAGUUGAACUUCGACCUUUCAAACACCAGGUUGGAGGUCAUACAUGUGUCCUUGAGGUGACAAAGUCAGCAAUAUGUAAACCGUUUAUACCAAGGGAGGCGUGGUUUUACGAACAUGAACCCGAGGAAUUAAAAGACUUUACACCAAAGUAUUUAGGAGAAACAUUUGUGACAUGUGACAUACAGGACGAUCGCAAAUGUCUGGUCGCACGUAUACCUGCGGAAAUUCUCAAUCCUGGUGGCCUUUCUAGACCCGAACCCGUUCACGAGCCUGUUAUACACAGUACAAACAAUCCUUACCCCAAGAAAAGACGAAAACGCCCACAUAGAGAUUCAAGAAGUAACCUAGAAGCCUGGAGUUCAACAUGCAUUGACAGACAGAUCAAUAAGUAUGGUUUCUGGGCAAACAACCAGCCUCAGAAAUUCAUAAUACUGGAAAAUUUAGUGUAUGACUAUGAGCAUCCUUGUUUGAUGGACUUGAAAAUGGGACGACGUCAGUUUGGUGUCGACAGCAACGAGGAGAAGAGGAAGUUGCUCGAAAAUCGAUGCGCGUGUUCAACUUCUGCAACACUCGGAUUCCGAAUUAGUGGUAGUCAGGCUUACAAAUCGAACAGUGAGACUUACACAUUUCAUGACAAAUACUUCGGACGUGAUCUGGACACGGAUGGGGCAGUCAAAGAACUCCAGCAGUUUUUUCAUAAUGAUGUUGAACUAAGAGUUGACGUUGUUCGCAAAAUUGUAAGGAAACUAGAAACUCUUCAGUCUGUAUUGCUGUCGCAGACAGAUCUCUUCUUCCAUUCGGCUUCACUGCUCCUUAUAUAUGACGGUGCAAAUCCAAAGUGUUCACCUUGUUCUGAGUGCAAUAAAGGCACAAGUUUGCAAUGCGAUAGUAGUAAAGUCAGUGUAAAAUCUAGUCUAGAAACUGAUGUGAGCUCAAAGUCUAGUUUAGAAGCUCAUGAUCGCCUUACAUCUAGUUUACCAGAUGAAAGCAGCAUUACCUCUAGUUUAGAAGAUGAAACUAGAUUUAAAGCUAGUUUAGAAGGCGAUCUUAAGCCUGAUUAUAAAACUGAUGUUUGCUCAAAAUCUAGUUUAGAGGAAAUGAAUUUUAAACAUCAGGUAAACGAAUCAAGCAAAACAUCAGAUACAACCAUACAUUCUCGAACCUCUGAACAGGAAAGCAUGCCUAUUUGCGGACACUGCUAUGGUAGUGGUUUGGGACAGGCGAAGGUAGAUGUUAGAAUGAUCGACUUUGCACAUGUCAGUGAAAAGUUCCCUGAUGAAGAUGAAAUUGAAAACAUCGCUGAUGAUACAAUCGUGUUUGGGCUGAUAAAACUAAAGGAAAUAUUAACACGGAUUCUUGAGAGCUCGCAACCAAUAUAAUGUGUUUGGUGUAGCGGGAACGUGUAGCUAUUAUUCAUUAUAGGGUUUGUUAGUGACAUUCAACGGAAAUAUGUGAUGUCAGUAUGACCCCACAUAUGUCCAUUGAGGGUCACUAAGUGACUAACAAACCCUAUAAUUGAUUAAUGAGCCACGCCAUGAGAAAACCAACAUAGUGGGUUUGCGACCAGCAUGGAUCCAGACCAGCCUGAGCCUCCGCGCAGUCUGGUCAGGAUCCAUGCUGUUCGCUUUUUAAAGCUUAUUGCAAUUAGAGAAACCGUGAGAAAACCAACAUAGUGGGUUUGCGACCAGCAUGGAUCCAGACCAGCCUGAGCCUCCGCGCAGUCUGGUCAGGAUCCAUGCUGUUCGCUUUUAAAGCUUAUUGCAAUUAGAGAAACCGUAAGCGAACAGCAUGGAUCCUGACCAGACUGCGCGGAUGCGCAGGCUGGUCUGGAUCAAUGAUGGUCGCAAACCCACUAUGUUGGUUUUGUCAUGGCGUGGCUCAUUAAAUCUAAUUAAAUGGAUACUACUUUGUCAGCAUAAUGUUUUAUUUAGAUGUUGCUGUAUAGCAUUGGGUUCUUAUUCUCAGCACAGGUGUUCAGGCCCCGUGUUCACAAAACAUUUUCAGUCUUAGCUGAGUUUGAUAAUGAAACUUUAUUUGCCAUUUAUAUCUCAAUAGCAUGUUUGAAAACUAAAUUCUAAGUUAAUAACUAUUUUCAAGUGGCUAUUCAGUAUUGAUGGUCAGACUCAGAUGGAAUUUAACCUUGAAGAUUUAGUAAAUAAAACCUGUAAAAAUAUCCUUUGGAAGCAAAGAAUGCAACCAAGAAGAAUAAUAGCAGACUCGGUUUGAUCGAGUUUGUUCAUGAGAGGUAACGAAAUGUGCAACACUUCUCACGUCCCCUAGCGCCACUUAUCAGAAAAUAUAACAACACUGUGUUAUUUUACUAUCAAAAUUUCAAACUCAGCUGAGACCGAAAAAAUGUUUUGUGAACACGGGGCCAGUGUUGCUAGCGAUUCGCUCGGCAUAUUCUCAGAGUUCAUAUUUAGGAGAGAAUAACUUUAUUAUAACUAUGACUUUAUUAUAACUAUGAUAUAUAAUAUAAUUAUGAAAGAUAACUAUAUAAAUGUUGUCCCAAAACGAUUUUCUUCCGAGGUUUUGAACAUUUCUCAAACUUAGAAUUGGAUUUUCCUAUUACCACAACCGGCGAGUUAGAUAUAUUAUUUUUUUACCGUUAAUUUAAUUUUUUACCCACUAAUUACAGGGAACAUACCAGAUCGUUACUGUGAUAUCAUAUAAUUGAAGUCCUGAAGUGUAAACAGUUAGUAUUCUCUGCUAAUACCUCAACUGUCGCAAACUGGUCACAGACUUCAGCUUUCUGCUGAAAGUACAGUGCCAUAUAAUUGCAGCAUUUAAUAAAAUGAACAGCGUACAUUUGAUAACGCCAUUGUUGUACAUGUAUGACGUCACUGUUGUAUUACGUUAAUGUAACGGUUAAUGUAACGGCCUUGUGUCAUUUUUUUCUAUUAAUUGAUGGGUAAUUAGUCCAGUAAACCGU